CGCAAAGAGAUUUCCAUUUCUAUGCACAGUUUGCCAUAAUGUCAUUUGUCUGAGUAUGUUUUAUGUCAAGACACCGUGCUCAAUGAAAUUUACGUAAAAAUGACUCCACACACUCUCACGUUGCGGUGGAUAUUCUGUAGAUGUAGGAAUGGAACUUGGAAAAAAGUGUCAGAUAGGUGAUCAUGUACGACAUUACGCAGAAAACACCUCCUGUUAUUUAAAUAUUAUAUGUAAACGAUGUGUUCGUGUCCGUGAAAGUGCAAUUUCAAAAAUCCAGUGUUCAAGAAAAUUUUAAAUACGAUACAUCAUUGGUGAAGGUGCUACAAUCUGGAAGUAGUUGUUGAGAAUUUAGUACUCGUUGCGAUACAUUAUAGAUGUCUUUAAGAAAGGUGUUACGCCAGGAGUUCGAGAUAUCUCCUAUGAAGGAUCUGGACCUGUCUCAGCCAUUUCUUUGGUUUUUUUGAGAAAAAACACAAACAGGACUUCUCGUCUUCAACAGCAAAUAGCUUAUAUUUCGCACCAAUGAAGAUGUUUGGAAUGUUGUCACCAGUGCGAGCUUUUACGUCAACGUGUUUAUUGUAACAAGGGGGGGAGGAGGUAUGCCAUUGAUCAAGUGCCGUUUUGCCACGCACAAGAGGCUUCAUCGUCAUGGCAUCAUUAACCUCAGCGAAAAUGAACGCCCAAAACUUGAAGGCAAGAAUGGAUUCUAGUCGUAUUGCGGCUGUUCUUCAGAAAAAUAAGUGGAUCCGUCGGAUUUGCUUUAUUCUAAUAGUACCUGUAAUUGGUGCUAUCAUUUGGUUGCUUUACAUUUUAACGAACCCAACAGUUUCCCAGGACUUGGACUAUUCAAAUGCAACGAUUGUCUCUGGAACCAAUCAUAACAUGGACUUGGGGAACUCAAAUGCAACGAUACUCUCCAAAAGCAACGAAACUAUGACUAUGGAAGACUCCUGCCGAACGAAUUUCUCUGAAGCAUUAAUGGAGUUCGAGAAUAUGGAACCUAAUGUGAAGGAAAUUAACCUGCAUGAUAAAAAUAUAUCAUGCGUGCCAACUGAUGCAUUUGAGAGUAAAAAUGAUCUCAUUAUACUGGUUCUUCGAGGGAACCCCUUGAAUAUUGCGCUUGAUCGUCCAUGGUUACGUCAUACGAAACUUAAAGUAUUGGACAUUUCUGAUUGUGGCUUGGGUCCACUGUCUUCGAUUGUCUUUGAAAAUCUGCCUAGUCUGAAAAAAGUGAUGAUGGCAGGAAACGCUGGGUGUUUUGAGACCCAGAAACAAAGUAUUAAUAUCGAAAUAGAUUGUGGUGCUGUUUCCAAAUAGGGUAUUUGAAAAUGCAUUGUUCGGAAAUUGAAAUAUUUCCCACCGAAAUCUGAAUCCGGAAUUUUCCGAUUUCCUGACAGAUGAUUUUUUAUCGACCGCGUUAUGAAUUGAAAUAAUGAUGUUUUACAAUAUAAUGAUUUUAUGUCAUACAAUUGACAUAUAAUCGAGAUAUCACAGAUGUGAUACAUACCGGGAGAGGUGGUUCAGGUCCAUUUGGACGAGGGUGGACUUGGGCCAUUGCACUGCCUCAGACCGGGAGGUCCUAGAUUCGAGUCCCGACCGUGGCAGGAUUUUCGACACUGGUUAGAUAGCUAGGUCGAGUUCAGUCAAUGUUUGGAAGAGAAUUCUAGCGGCCGGCUGCUCCGAUCGGUAGUUUUCCGUGGUUUCUCCGAUCAACAUUAGGCGAAUGCCGGAGCAGUACCCUAACAAAUGGGCCACGGACCGCGCGCGAUCCCUCCUUCCUCUUCCUUAAUCUAUCCUCCCCUUUUAUUUACAUGCACUACACUACCACAUAUGCCGGAAAUCGGGUCGGGAGUUUA